GCCAAGUGUGUCUGACAAGCGUCGCCGGCUAAGGCACGGGUAUCCUGACACCCGCCACGGUCCAAUGACCUGCCACCUGAAAGCUUGGGCCACCCUCAGGGCGCCGGGGGCCGCUCCACUGCACGCUUCCCUAGACUGGGGAAACCUCCAAUUUUGUCUUUUGCAAACCUACCCUCAGGUUUUUCCUCCCGCGACCAGCAAACAUCCGCCCCCGUCAUACUUUUCCACCUCCGCUCAGCCCUGCAAAGCCAUUCACCACGUCGUUUGCCGGCACUGCGCGCGUGCAUCUGCAUCUACUCACCGCUACGGAGACGAGAACAGCGUUACAUGUGCAUACUUGUCCGUCUUUUACUUACGCCCUCGCGCCCUCGACUCGACCCUCGCGACCUUCACACGUCUACCGUUGCCUCUGCCACUCUCUAUCCCCGGUUCCGAGGACGCUCAGCUGUGACCUCGACCUCGCUGCCCAAAGUUCGACACGCUUUGAUUGACCGCGCAAAAUGCCGACCAAUUUACCUUCGAGCUUCGCCUCGGCUGCAGCUGGUCAGAACGCGAACCGUGAUUCGCGAGGUGGGAGGAGUGAUGGACGGGGAGCUGCGGGAGGUGACUGGUCACGACGAGAUGGCCGCUCAGCCAACGGCACCCUGACCUUCCGACGUUCCUCCACGACCCCCAUCGCCGGCCAAGCCUCGAACCCUCCGCCGUCUAACGAGCACGCGGUUCAGCACCCCAGCAUCGACGAGUCGGCGGCCGCGCAAGCAGUCGUCUACGAAGCCGGCCCUGCGCGCUACUCAAAGGACGAGCUGCUCGACAUGUUUCGCACCCAAAAACUUGCCGACGACCCGUCCCGUCUCUUCAUACCAGGAUGGGACCCCUCCAGUAUCAAUGGCAGCAGCGGUAGAGCCUGGGGCAAGAACAGUGACAAUCACGUUCCGCAAGAGCCUAACGCCUGCUGGGAGCAAACGGGCGAGACUUUGCCGAUGGGCUUACAGGACUUGACCGGGGAGGAAAAGGAUGCAUUCCUAACAGAGAUUAAUUCGCCGCUCAAACCCCCAACCCAGAACAAGGAGGGACAUCAGGGCAACGUUAAUGGCCGCAAGGCUUCCGUGUCGCACGGUUCGGGUAACGCCUACGGAGUCAAUUCGCCGUCCUCAGUCACCCGACCGGGAACCAGACGACGUGAGACCUUGGACUCGAAUCCGUUCAGUGCCGGCAGCGUUGCUUCGCCAACUGCUGGUCGCUUCUCACGCGAGGACUCAUCAAGCUGGCUUCCGCGAAAGCCCACUGAGAUGAAAGAGUCUGAGCCCGAUGACGGCGAGGGCGAGCACGGUUCUCGCGAGGGCCAGGGGAAACUACCGUUUGGUAAUCUGCUGCGUUCUAACACGACGGGAAAUACCGUAAGCGCCAUUUGGCCGACGUCGAAUCAGGCCGCCCCCAGUGGUGGCGCGUUCGGCAACUUCGCCCUUCCUACGUCUGUUGGCGAGAAGCGAGGAGGAGGAGCUGCAGGUGGUAGCCGACUCGCCCAUCUGAUCCCCAAGGAUAAUCAAGACAGCGCAGCCCUCAAGUCGGCCGAUAAUGCCUUCUUUCAGCAGCCCUGGCGCUCACGUCCUCGGACCGACACCGAUCCCUUUGGUGACGACGAGCUAUCUGGCAGCGCUGUGCUUGGCGGCGCACAAGACACAGCUUCGGGCAAUCCUGCGUCCGCUGGACGUGUGGGCAUCCUCGGCACCCCCGUAAAAGGUUCCACCGGUGACUUCGGCAUGUCUGGCUUGAACCUGGGAGCUGAACAGCCUGGGAACGACGGCCCCGUUAGCCCCUCGGAGACGAACCCUUAUCGAAGCCCACCCGCCGAACGCCAGGGCCAAGAUGACAACGAUCAGGCAAGUUCCAGCAGAGGCCUCGGGCAGGACGCGAACGAGACCCACGGCAACUUCGGCUCCAUCGGGCGAGGCUUCGGUGCGGCAGCGUUUGACGGCGGCGAUCGCAGUCAGACGUCAAGCGCGGGACCCAAGAACUACCAGCUUGGAGGUUUGUCGGGUUGGCCCGCACCCGUGGCACCAUCAUCCGGCACACCUGAUCGCGAGAGGCCCAACUUUGGCAACGCCUUUGGCAGCUCUCUGUUCAGUCCCAUGGGUGAACUCCAGUCUCCCGGUUUGUCCAACCUGGGCAGCGUAUUCGGCCCACCCAGCGCCGGUGGUAUAGGCGCUGGCAGCAUCGGCCGGGGCAGCAAGCUGGGAUCUUUGUUCCCGCCCGCCAUGCAGGCACAGAUGCAGUCACAGCUUGAGCAGGAUCACAGCAUCUCAGACUCGGACCCACGUCAAACCCACCCUCUUGGCGCCAUUGGCAGAGCGCCGCCACGAGACACAGAAAGCCCUAUGCGAUCCAACCGUGGAGUCUUCGAGGAGCUUUUCCCGUCCACCGACGCCUCACGAUCGCAUGGUCCGUUCAGCUCCGCUGAGCCCCCACAGUCGACCGGGACCGCGGCUGGUCCGCAGUCGUUCACUCCCGUCAGCGGCGGCCUUCCCUUCGGGGGGAUUGGUCAAGCCGGGAACGAGCCGCCCGCCGCUCAGGUGCGACAGAUGGUCAUGCCAGACAGGAUGAGAUGGGUGUAUCUUGACCCUCAGGGACAGGUCCAGGGUCCGUUCACGGGCCUGGAGAUGAACGAUUGGUACAAGGCCAAUUUCUUUACGCCGGAUCUGCGCGUUAAGAAGGUCGAGGACCCUGAGUUCGAACCGCUGGGUCAGCUCAUCCGCCGCAUCGGUAACUCGCGAGAGCCCUUCCUCGUACCGCAGAUUGGGAUCCCUCACGGCCCUGCGUCACAGACCGGGCCUUUUGCUGCAACCACUACGCCCGGCGGUGUUGUGCCUCCUCUCAGCGGCGUCUUCCCUAGUUUCGGCAGAACCCUGACCGCUGAGGAGCAAAACAACCUUGAGCGAAGGAAGCAAGAGGAGCAAUACAUCAUGGCCCAGCAGAGGGAGUUCAUGAUGCGUCAGCAGGCCAUGACAAAGUUCCAGAUGCAAGGCCCCGGUCUGCAGCACCAUUCUAGCGCUCAGAGCCUUCAGAGCCAGCCCAGCUUCGGCAGCAUCUCUUCUCCGAUUGGAGCGCCUUCGCAGCAGCAGCAGCCGCCGCAGCAGCCAGCUCCCAUCGGCUCUAUACCCCCUGGUGGCUACAUGGACCAACCUGCAGGGGGGCAGCAUGCUGCCAGACCUGGGGGUCCGGGAAACGGGGAAUCUUUCCGGGUGGACGACCUGUCUAAUCUCACAGCUGUCGAACGCCAGGUGAUUGCUUCUAUGCAAGGUGCUGCUGGCGAUGAUAUGGGUCAACAGCAACAGCAGCAACGGGGUAUGCAACCCGAUGGUGCGGACUUCAGAUCUGGCCUUCCCGAGGCUGACCAACUCUCGGAGGAUCCCGAGGGGUUUAGGGAGCGCUUGAAGGAAUUUGAGGAUCUUCGUGCCCAGCACGAAGCCGAACUAGCCGCGAAUGCCAAGAUGAGCAAGGGGCUCGCCGAUGGCACCGAGUCCUCGACGGUCGCCGCCCCGCAUGGCACAGCGACUGGACACUCUGGAAAGGCCGGCAAAUCUGGCAAGAAGAAGCACGUCGAGGACGCCACGCUGUCUCUGACCCAGCAGGUCCAGCAGGCUCAGGCUGCUGCUGCUGCUGGCUUGCCUUCCGAUCCCGACAUGCCCAUGCCGUUCCCUGUUCCUUCGUCUUCCACUCCGCUCCCGGCGCCCACUGCUCAGCGUGUGCGCUCCAAUCUACCCGAGCAGUACAGCCGCUCGCAGAGUGGUACGCCCGAUGCGACUCAGCCACCUCCGCUGGCGCCCUGGGCCAGGGAGCCAGGCCACGAGGGGCAGAAGGGGCCUAGCCUCAAGGAGAUCCAGGAGGCCGAGGCUCGCAAGGCCGCCAAGGCAGAGGAAGCCGCUGCGGCGCUCAGGAAGGCUGCAAUGGAGCAGGAGGCCGCUAUUGUGCGUGAAAAGGAGCGCCAGGCUCAUGCCGCCGCUGCCGCCGGCUUGCCGCCCACCAGCACUUGGGGCCAUGGUUCUCCUGUCUCCGCGACCAGCCCAUGGAUCAAGCCUGGAGCAGCCAAGGGUCCAGCUGCCAGCACCGCCACUGUGCCUUCGUCCACUAGUAAGAAGACGUUGGCCGAGAUCCAGCGUGAGGAGGAAGUUCGCAAGCAGAGGGCUCGCGACGUUGCUGUCCAGUCGGGCUCUCCCGCCAUCACUUCAAAGAGCUAUGCGAACCUCGCUGGCAAGCCAAACCAGAGUCCUGUCCCGAGCGCCCCUUCGCCCAGCGCACCCCCGGCCGCUGGAUGGGCUACCGUUGGCGCCGGCGGUAAAGUCAAGGCUCCCACGGGACCGGCCUCUCAGGGACGAUCCGCCAGUGUCAGCAGUGCCAAGGCCCCCGCUCCCGUGAGCAAGCCCGUCUCGAAGCCUGCGGCUGCCGGCCCUACCAACGGCAGUGUUGAUGCCGCCAGCGCGGCCAUGGAGGAAUUCAGCAAGUGGACUCGUCGGGAGCUCUCCCGCGGCCUCACCGACGUGACCGACAUCUCGGACUUCCAGGCCGAUCUGGACGCGCUCCCCCUUGACACGGGCGUCAUUGCUGAUGCUGUCUACAUCAACUCCAAGACCAUGGAUGGCCGCCACUUUGCCGAGGAGUACGUACGCCGCAAGAAGCUCGCGCAGAAGGGAGUUGUGGAGAAACAGCCUCCCUCGGACAACAGCAAAUCCCCCAGCUCCGCCGGCGGCUGGUCUGAAGUCGCGAAGCGCAGCAACAGCACCCAGCCCAAAGAGAGCGAUAACGGCAGCAUCCAAGGCGCCGGAUUCAAAGUCGUGCCCAGCCGCAAGAAGGGCAAGAAAUAGGGCAGCUCGUCCUUUGAUGUGUUGAAGCAGCGUCGGGCAUGAUAGUCGCAUAGGUGAUUUGCUUUGGCUUGCUAUACUACUUGGCGCGCGUACGUGCUUUCCUGGCUGGUGCGUUCUGGGUGCUUGCAUUCAAGGGACAUGCUUUUUGCUGUCGGAGGGAACCCAACAGCAGCAAUCCGUGGGUGAUGGCUCUUGGGUAUGGCAACAUGGCUGAUGAAGGUAUUGCUAGCUAGGGCUAAGGGGUUUGCACCGGUAGUGGGCGAAGCUGUGCCCACGCGGCACGGGAGGGUCCGUCGAGGCGCGGUCUCUUUUUGUGUUGAGAUGAAUGGAUGUAUGUAUGCGAUACCUGUAUAGUAUGUACCUCAGCGUGUGUGUGAUCCGACGGGGUUGCGAAUAGCGAACUGGUAUUGCAUGGCGGUACUCUACGGUCUUUUUCCUCUUGUGCU